GAAGGAAAAGGAAAAAAAAAAAAAAAAAAAAAAAGGGAUGAGUUGCAGAGCCCUGACCCUCGCCUUUUCUAGUCCCCAAAUCUGCUGUUUAUCCAAAAACCCUAACUCUACCUCUCGUUCCCAAAUCGAACGCUCCUUGCUCUGCUCCACUCGGUCCCUGAGCGUCAGGAGCUGCUCCUCUUCAUGGCGCCAGACCUCGAGCCAUUUGGAUCUCCCGCUCCUCCCAUUUCAAUCCGAGGAGGUUCUAGUUCCAUCAGAGUGCAAGACCCUGCACUUGUAUGAAGCAAGAUUUUUGGCAUUGCUUGAAGAGUUACUGCUUGCAAACAAAAAGACUUUUGUGCACUUUGUACUGGAGCCGAUCAUUACUGGUAGAUCUUCAUCUGGAGCAUCUCUUUCUGCCAGAUAUGGUUGUUUGGUCCUCAUAGAGAAAAUUGAGCGUUUGAAUACUGGAGCACUGGUUUCUAUACGAGGCGUUGGUCGUGUUGGCAUUAUGGAUAUUAUUCAGAUGGAACCCUACUUGAGAGGGACUGUGAUACCGAGACAAGACAAAGUUUCUGAUCUCGAGAGGGAAAUGCAACCUAAACUACAGGAAUUAAGGGAGUAUCUUUGUAGUCUGCAAGCUUUGCAACUCAAACUUAAGGCGUCAAAGGAUGAACAGUUGCAAACUCAAAUAAAAGACUCGUUGUUAUGGGCUGAAAGAGAAGCUUAUGAGGAUUGUGAUCAAUCUUUUGUUCCAAAAUUUGAUGAGCGCUUGUCUUUUGCGGCACUUCAACCUGUUUCAGGAUUCUCUCAAUCAGAAACCUUCUCUUUGCAGAAGGAAAAGUUAAGAGCAAUGGAUAUGAGAGACACAUAUGAGAGGCUAGAAAUGGGCAUUAAGUUUGUUCAACAGAAUAUUGCAACAGUAGCAGCUAAGCUUGCAAUACAAUCUUUGGAUUUGUAAUUUUGUUGAUCAUGCCAAAUGCAGUACUAUCUUUGGAUAUGUAAUCAUGUUGAUCAUGCCAAAUGCAGUUGCACCUUGCUUUCCAAAUGAACCAAGAACUUGUUGAGGCAAAAACUCACUGAGUAGGGAGUUGAAAGGUGAGCACAUUCACUGAUCCAACCAUGGGAUCCGUGAAGGAGAAUCUUUGUUCUGAUUGCGCUUAGCGUUGGAUUUUACUGCAUUUUGUUUCAAACUCUAGUAUUUAUAUUGCUGUAUGUAUAUACACAGUUCUGCGCGGAUAUCUUCAUCGUUUGUUUUGUGGACGAAACACGGAGUUCCAUCUAUUGCGGUUAUAGAUUCUUUGUUGUAUGA